UAGCUCCGGACGCAGCUAAAGACAAGUCAGCCGCGGUCUCCAAGUCCUUCCCCGAGGGCCUCCUCCGACCCCUGGUUCAGGCUCAGCCCGAGGCUCCACCAUGCCCCGGGGGAAGCGCGGCGGCCGGGUGAGCGCCCUGGAGGGCUGCCGGGAGGAAGAGGCGCCCCCCGCGGCCGACGCCGUGCCCUCGGUGCUGUGGGCGUCCGGGCAGCAGCCAGAGGCAGCGGCGGAGCAGAUUCUGCUCCGGGGCAUCUUCGAGAUCGGUAGGGACAGCUGCGAUGUGGUGCUGAGCGAGCGGGCCCUGAGGUGGCAGCCCAUCCAGCCCGAGCGCCCCACAGGUGAUUCCAAGUAUGAUUUUCUACGUAAAGAAGAAUUUAUUGAACUCAAGGAUAUAUUCUCUGUCAAACUGAAAUGGCGUUAUUCUGUUAAACAACAGAAAAGUGGCACUUUAUUAGGAAUCACACUCUUCAUAUGCUUGAGAAAGGAACAAAAUAAAUUGAAGGACUCUACACUUGAUCUUAUUAAUUUUAGUGAAGAUCACUGUGACAUAUGGUUUAGACAAUUCAAGGAAAUCUUGGCAGAUUUUUCAAACAGACCAAAAUCUUUAAAAAUACUCCUCAACCCCCAAAGUCACAAAAAAGAAGCUACCCAGGUCUAUUCUGAGAAGGUUGAACCACUGUUGAAAAUUGCAGGAAUAAAGACUGAUGUAACAAUAACGGAAUAUGAAGGGCACGCUCUGUCACUGCUAAAAGAAUGUGAACUACAGGGAUUUGAUGGUGUUGUCUGUGUUGGGGGAGAUGGAUUUGCCAGUGAAGUGGCCCAUGCUUUGCUUCUUAGAGCCCAGAAGAACUCCCGGGUGGAGACAGACCUCAUCCUGACUCCCGUGCGGGCACAGCUUCCACUUGGUGUGAUACCAGCAGGAUCUACUAAUGUAUUGGCACAUUCUCUCCAUGGAAUCCCUCACGUGGUAACUGCAACUUUGCACAUUAUAAUGGGGCAUAUACAACCGGUUGAUGUCUGCACCUUUAGCACCACUGGCAAGUUUAUUCGCUUUGGGUUCUCAGCCAUGUUUGGCUUUGGUGGAAGAGCUUUGGCCCUGGCAGAGAAAUACCGAUGGAUGUCCCCUAACCAACGGAUGGAUUUUGCUAUCAUUAAGACACUGGCAAAACUUAAACCAGAGGACUGUGAAAUAUCAUUUUUACCAUUUAAUAGCUCUCAGGAUUUAGAAGAAAGGGCAGAGGGAUCUCCCAAAUCUGACUAUAAUGAUAAGUGGCAAAUGAUCCAGGGUCGGUUCUUGAAUGUCAGCAUUAUGGCAAUUCCGUGCCUAUGUUCAGUGGCACCUAGAGGCUUGGCACCUAAUACCAGAUUAAAUAAUGGAAGUAUGGCUCUUAUAAUUGCACGAAACACUUCUCGGCCAGAAUUUAUAAAACACCUGAAAAGAUAUACAAGUGUUAAAAAUCAGUUCAAUUUUCCAUUUGUUGAAACUUACACUGUUGAAGAAGUAAAAGUUCACCCAAGGAGUAACAUCAGUGGACACAAUCCAGAGGAAGAGGAUGGACCAUAUGAAACUACUUCAGGAAACAGUUUCCCUUGGAAUGUAGACGGUGAUUUAAUGGAAGUUGCAUCUGAGGUUCAUGUUAGAGUACACCCAAGACUUAUCAAUCUUUAUGGAGGAAGGAUAGAAGAAAUGAAUGAUUCCAAAGUAACCUGUAAUUGUUUAUAAGAGGAAUAUGUAGAAUUUUAAUAUAAGGGAUAUUGUCAUGUUUUAAACAGAU